UGACAGGGAGGAGGACUCAGGGGUGUCUGGGAAAGAAGAGAGAGAGCAAGAGAGGGAGGAGGCAGGAGGGUACACAGAGCAGAGGAAGAAGAAGGGUCACAAGAAGUAGACUGAGUUGUGAAGAAGACUCUCCAGAGAAAGAGGGAGCUGGGCAGAGAUGAAGCUUAGGGUGUCUCUUGCCAGCCUCCUGCUGGCCCUGUGCCUGGGCAGUGGGGCAGCUGGUCCACUGCAGGGUCCUGGGACAGGACCUGGACAAGGGAUGGGAGAUACUGUUGGCAAUGGAGUUGGAAAGGCCAUUGGUGAAGGAGCUAAAGAGGCAGUCAGGUCUGGAAUUGAGGAUGCCAUUGGCCAAGGGAAUGGAGAAGCCAGCUCUGCAUUCAGGGAGGCCAGAGGAGACGCACUCAGCAAUAAGCUUGGGGAAGCAGCCCAUGCUCUUGAAAACACUGGGAGGGAGGUUGGCAGACAGGCUGAGAACUUCAUUCGACAUGGAACGGAUGCUGCUCACAACUUCGAUUCUUGGGGAACAUCUGGAGGACACGGCAUGUUUGGUAACACUGGAGGCCAGGGCCAGGGAAAUUUUGGAGGUCCAGGGUCUCCCUGGGGCCAUGCACAACCUGGAGACUCAGAAGGCAGCUUUGGAACCAACUCCCUGGGAGCCUCCUGGGGGCAGGGAGGCAAUGGAAGAUCCCUGAACCUUGAGACCAAUGCUCAGGGUUCUGCAGCCCAGCCGGGCUAUGCUUCGGUGAGAGGCAGCAGGCAAAAUUCAGGGUGCAUCAACGCCCCACCAUCUGGCUCCGGUGGAAGCUCUAGCUACUCCAGGGAAAGCAGCAGCCAGAGUGGUGGCCCUGGUGGCAGCAGUGGUGGCCCUGGUGGCAGCAGUGGAAGCAAUUCUGGGUCCAGCCACGGCACAGAAACUUCUAAGGAUUUUGAUCAACCCUUUUCAGUCUCUAAGGAAUCCAAUUCUGAUAGUUCCUCAGGCAGCAGAGAUGCAAGUGGUGGUGGAAACAAUCCUGAGUGUGACCACCCACAGAAUGAAGGCCGCAUAGCCGGAGGAUCUGAGAGUGAGGAAAGCAGAGAGAACAGUCGCCUUGGGAGUUCCUACAGUAACUCUCGGGGGCACGGAUCCAGUGGGGACAGCAAAGGAGAUGAAGGAGUCAAUGAGCUCAACUCUGUGAACUCUGAGACAUCUCCUGGAGUCUUCAACUUUGACAAUUUCUGGAAGAAUUUUAAAUCCAAGCUGGGUUUCAUUAACUGGGAUGCCAUAAACAAGGGCCAAGUCCUGUCCCCCAGCACCCGGGCCCUCCUCUACUUCCGAAGACUCUGGGAGGAUUUCAAACAAAAGACUCCUUUCUUCAACUGGAAAAAAAUUACUGAGGAUCUAGACCUAUCGCUCCAGAAGAGGGCAGGCGGUGCUAAUCAGGACUACUAUUACAACCAGCAGGCGUAUCCUACUAUGUCCAGUGGGCAGAACUCAGUGAGGAACACCCCCAAGCCAGGCCGCUGCAUCCCUUUGGAAGGAGACUUGCACCCUGUGAGCCACCCAGAAGAGGGGCAGUCCACACUUCUCCAAGCUACCCUCUCAGUGAGCUGCUUCAGUGCAACAGAGGAAAGCAGGGAGCAGGAGCCUCCCAGAGAGGAGCACGGAUCUGACAAAUCACAUCCCACCAUCCACACAGGAAGUACCCACACCUUCAUCCUCGGCUUCCCGGGCACAACCAGGUUUGCUGCAUUGGCUGAAGUUUUGGUAGAAAAUUAUUUCUGGUCACUGCUGAGACCCCAUGAACACCAACCAGUCUUCAAAGAGCCCAACCGCGCUUCCCACAGUCUUCCCAGCUGUGCCACCCUCCCAGGUGCUGACAGCCACAUCUGCGGGGCAGGGGACCUGGCUCAUCUGUUCCUCACUUCUUCUCACUUUGCUGUGGUGUCUUUGUGACCAUCAUCAGCCUAAGGGAAUAAGCUGUUUUCUGCACCUACUCUAUUUUGUGACCUGAAGUCACUGACAUUUUUCCAGAAAAAAGUCUCAUACGUUGUUUCUCUGUGGAAAUAAAACAUGAAUCUUGUUUCCGAAA